AUGGCUUCUCUUUUGUCUUUACUUUCAAUGCUUUCCUUAUUUUUAAUCUCUGCUCUUCCUCAUUCUCUCAAUAAUCUCUCUCAUCAUCAACAACAACAAUUGCUCCUGCAAUUCAAAGCUUCCGUUUCCAAAGAUGGCACUUCUCUGUCUGACUGGACUCCCCUUCACCACUUCUGCAACUGGUCUGCCAUCACCUGCCAUUACUCUUCUCAUUCUGUCAGUGCCAUCAAUUUAUCCUAUAUGAAUUUGGACGGUAUCAUUUCUCCUGUGCUGGGGAAUCUCACCUCUCUUCGAUCCCUAGAUCUCUCAGGCAAUUACCUCACUGGUACCAUUCCACCUCAACUCGGCCAGCUCCCAAAUCUUUGGAUACUCUCGCUCUACAACAAUGAAUUACAAGGAACGUUUCCGGCCGCUCUCUCCACUUGCCGCAGUUUGUAUUACCUGGCACUCUCUUAUAACCAACUGCAUGGCAGGAUUCCACCUGAGCUGAGUCUUUUAACAAGUUUGAAGUACCUUUACUUGGGUGAUAACAGUCUCACAGUUACCAUUCCUCCCUCGUUCAAAAACAUGUCCUCCUUAGUUGAAUUGGAUUUGAGCGAAAAUGGGCUCGAUGGCCCCAUUCCUCUUGAACUGUGCAUGCUCUCUUGCCUACAGAUUCUUAAUCUUUUUAAAAAUAAGCUAUCAGGCAUCAUUCCCGGCUCUCUAUCAAGUAUCUCAAGUUUGAAGUACCUCUACUUGGGCGUGAACAGUCUCACGGGCAACAUUCCGCAAUCUUUCAAAAACCUCUCCGGCUUAGUUGAAUUGGGUUUGGAAAAAAAUAAACUCUCCGGACCCGUUCCUCUUGAAUUUUGCGCGCUCGCUCAGCUACGGCUUCUUUCCCUUGGUGGUAAUGACUUAUCGGGCACCUUUCCCACCUAUUUAACAAAUCUCUCAGAAUUGAAUACGUUAGGUUUAUCUGAAACCCAUAUAACUGGACAUAUUCCAUUGGAAAUUUGUACCACGCUCUCUAGUUUGAAAUAUCUCAGUUUGUGGGGGAAUCAACUUAGUGGAAACAUACCAAACUCCUUGGGAAAUUGUUCCAGUCUAGAAGAACUUUACUUAGGCGAUAACCAACUCAGUGGAACGGUUCCAAUGGAGCUGGGUAACUUGAACCAUCUCACUAGGCUUCACCUGCACACCAAUCAACUUGUAAGUGACAGCAGUAACACAUUGGCCUUUCUCACCGCUCUCAAAAAUUGCUCCCUCUUGCAAGAAAUAGAUAUGUCACGUAAUAAUUUCACUGGUAUAUUGCUCCCAUCCAUAGGCCAACUGUCUUCCAAUCUCUAUUACUUGUCUAUACAAGUCAACAUGAUAAGCGGGGGCAUACCAGAACAGAUUGUCAAUCUGACAAACUUAACUAGCCUAGAUCUGUCCCGUAAUCUUUUCACUGGCAAUAUUCCAUCUGGAAUUGAAAUGUUGAGUAAGGUAGAAAGAUUGUAUUUGGGCAAGAACAAAUUAGAAGGAAGCAUUCCAAGUGAGAUAGGUCAAAUGCGACAUCUGGGACUCUUAGAUCUUAGUCACAACCUGCUAUCUGGAAAAAUACCAGAUUCUCUUUGUCGCUCCCAGCAGUUAAGACGUGUUUUCCUUCAGUACAACAACUUAUCUUGGGAGAUCCCUGUUAGUUUGGGGGGAUGUCAGAAGUUGGAGCUGCUGGACUUAUCUCACAAUAAACUAGAGGGAAAGAUACCUCACGAAGUCCUUGCCAGCCUUAAAAACCUGGAAUUCUACCUCAAUCUUUCAUGGAAUUUUCUGCAAGGGUCGUUGCCAAACGAGGUGAGUAAAAUUGUAAUGGUUCAAGCUGUUGAUAAGUGA